UAUUGAUAUAUUUGAACGGCCGUGAUACGGUCCCUCUGCUGCCCGUAUUUUUGUUAAUAAUACAAUAAAAACAGUAUUAUUACUUAAAUAUUACACACAGGCCGGCAAAAACAGUGUCACCGAAAGGAAUUCGAGGCGCAGAAGACUGAAUAGAUGGAUCAGAAUGUUUUCGGAGGCGUUCGUUUGUUUGUUGCUGCUGGUCGCACUUAAUGCCGGUUCUCCAUUGGGAAGGGAUGACGAGCGAUUCCACGAGGAACUGGUGGUUCGUCCUCUGUCUGGCGACCAUGUCAACACCUACUUCCAGUUCACCACGCGCUGGCAUUACGGGGAAAAGGAUAAUCUUUACCACACCCAACUGACGCCCCGAGUGAUUGCCGAAUUGCUGCAGCAGUUUGCGGUGAAGGAGCUGCACAUUGGUCUGACGCAGGGACUGUGGCGCUACGAGACAUGGGGCUAUCCCACCGUGGAGGCGACCAGCGGUGCGGAGAUGUGGGCGUGGUUCAGCGGCACGAAUCUGACCGACACCGAGGUGGAUCGCCAGUGGCGGGAGUUGGCCAAUGUUUUCUCCGGCGUUCUGUGUGCCUCCCUGAAUUUCGUUGACAAUACGAACAGUAUUGCACCGCGGCAUCUGAUCCGUCCACAAUUUAUGCCCGCCAAUAGGCAGAAAUUCGUCAGAUACGCUACACUUCCGCGCGAGAUUGUCUGCACGGAGAAUCUGACGCCCUGGAAGAAACUGCUGCCCUGCGGCAGUGCCUCUGGAUUCGCCUCGCUGCUGAACUCCGGCCAUGUGCACAACACCAAGUACCAUUCGCUGGGCUUGAAGGUUCGUGUGCUCUGCGAGGAUCACGAAGAGGACAACUGCAUUGUGGAGCUGACGCAAACGGCCAAUUUGGUCUACGAUCUGCGGCUGUUCGAGCUGAGCAACAACGACUUCUCGCUGCGCCGCUUGUUUGGCAUGGGAUUGAAUGGCUUCUGUGAGCUGGCCGAGAGUUCCAAGAUCUACGUGCAGCGUAACGAGCAGGGCGAGCGCUUCCAACUGGUGCCGGCGCCCAUGCACGAGGUGACGAGCACUCGUGGCGGUCACACCGUGGUCUACUCCGUCUACGACAUGCACGAGCAGUUCAAGGACGCCGGCGAACGGCUCUUCAAUGUGGCCUGGCUGUCGCCGAAGAGCGAGAACCGUCGACGCAAUGCGGUGAAGCCGGCACUUCCACCGGUGAUCGUACACCGAUACCUGCUGGGACAUGGCCAGGAACGGGGCAGGAUUGCCACGGAGGUCACCAACUCGCACUACGACCCGCUGCCCAUAAUGGUGCAGGAGGUGAUACCGUGGUAUGUCCACGCCUACCUCCACACGCUCGCCAUUCGCAGGAAGCCGCAGCGCCUGAACGAAUACGGACGCCAGCGAUUGCCGUUCAAGCUGCUGCACUACACGCCGGGCAAGCAGAGGGAGCUGCCCUCGCACUUGGAAAUCGGCUUCGUGCUGCCCGGCCAGACGUCCGCCCUGAUCACCAUCGAUGUGGAUUACCUGCUGCUCAAGUGGCUCGAGUAUCCGCCGGACGCGAAUCACGGCCACUACAUUGGCGCGGCGAUCGUCUCCAGCCAGCUGCCGAUGGGCAGGAACUACUCGGCCUUGCCGCCGGAGGGGCAUCUCUUCGAGCAUUCGUUCAACGCGACGCGUCCCAGCUAUGUGCUCAGCUUGCACACGGAGGCGCUGAUUGUGUCGCUGCCCACGCCCGACUUCAGCAUGCCCUACAAUGUCAUCUGCUUGGCCUGCACCGUGGUUGCCUUGGCCUUCGGGCCCAUCCACAGUGUGGCCACCAAGAUGAUCAUUGUGGGCAGGCAGACGUCGGCGCCCAAGAACUUCCUGAAGAAGAUCUUCAACAAGAUCUUCCGACGCAGCAAGGCGGGCGGAGACGAAGCAGAUGCCGUGGCCAAGGAAGCUAAUUCCACAGUGGAGGAGACAUUGGCAUCGCCAGCAGCGGCGACAGCAUCGGGAUUUGGAGCCUCGAGAGCGGCGAGAUCGGCGGUUGGACCUUCCGGGGAUCAGCCUCUGCUGGAGGAUCUCGACGAGGACGACGACGAGGAGGAGCAGGACUAGCAGCUUAGGGAGUCGUGAUAAGCUCCCACUUAUACUACACCUUUAAAAUUCCAAUAAAGUUAAUCACAAAAGCAUUGAGAUUUUAAAAAACGCAAAGGGAUAAAUGGGAUUGCAUUUGUAAAAAUAUUUAGGGACACAAAAGUAUUUUUAAUUUCGAAACCGAUCAAAAUAACUGAUAUAUUCCAAGUUACAAAAAAAAAAAGAAACCAAAAAUAAGUGUGUAAGAUAAAGUCUGUUAGGAUACAUAUUUAAAACUAAAGAUAAAGUAUGCAAUGUUUACAAUUUAAAAGACCUAUAAUUUAUACAAAUAAAAACUAUCAACUCAUAUCAAAUAUUCUUCUGAAAAGUAAAUUAUAACAAUUCAAAAUGUAAAGCCGAUACAUUAACAAAAACCAAGAUCAAUAAAAACACAGGUUUUUCUAUAACUUUUUCAA